GCUCGCAGUACCCGGCUGGGGCGUUGGAAAAGCCUUGGGGCCAUUGCUGGUUAGGGCUGCUGGAGCGUCUUCCAGAAGUGAGGUCAUCAGUGAGGGUCGUCGGCGUGGUGGAGAAGACUAUAACUGACAAUCAUGAGUGACUGGGUAAAGAAAAGCCCAUUAGAAUGGCAAGACUAUGUAUAUAAAGAAGUUAGAGUGACAGCCAGUGAGAAGAAUGAAUAUAAAGGAUGGGUUUUAACAACAGACCCAGUCUCUGCUAGUAUUGUCCUGGUGAAUUUUCUGGAAGAUGGCACUGUGACUGUGACUGGAGUCAUGGGACAUGCUGUGCAGACUAUUGAAAUUUUGAACGAAGACAACCAGGAAGUGAGAGAGAAACUAAUGCAUAUGUUCAUGCUAGAAGAGAGUAAGGCCUACAACCCUGAGGACUUGGAAAAAAGGAAGCUCAGCCUGAAGACCUGGUUGGAGAAGAAUCACAUCCCCAUCACUGAACAGGGAGAGUCACAAAGCACCCUCUGUGUUGCUGGGGUCCUGACCAUAGAGCCACCCUAUGGACCUGAAGACUGUAGCAGUUCAAAUGAAAUUAUUUUGUCCAGAGUUCAGGAUCUUAUCCAGGGACAUCUUAAGGCUUCCCAGUGAGAUACCUAAACCUGUUACUCAGCUUGUGGAAAGACUUUCUUUUUUCUUUUUCUUGGUAAAGCUUGUUGAAUGGUA